UUUCAAGGCUAAAAGAAACUACACCAAAUGAGUUGUAAGUGCGGCCAGCCAUUGCCUGAAAUGAUGAUGGCUUUGUCGUCCGAUCAUCAAUGUCUUGUGUCGCCCUCCUCCCUUCCUUUUCUUCAUAAAAAAAUCAUAAUCCGAAUCUGUCGAAAGUCAAAACCCUAGAAUCGUUCCCCAAGCUCUGCGGAAACUACAUAACUAAAUCACUUCAAAUUGAGGAAUUACUAUUAAUUACUGCGAGCUCUACGCUUAGUAGGUUAUUUAUGUUGAGCGAAGGAUUCCCAAUUUCAAAAAGUUCUAGUGCUAACCAUGUGGUAUGUCAUGAACAAGAUGAUUGACCUCCAAGCUGGGUUUUCGAAGGAUUCAAAUCUUGCUGAAUUAAGGUGCACCCACAACAACUGAUAAUCUGAACAUCAGUUUAAUCUUCUAUUUCUAUUAGAUGGAUCGAUGUGAUACUUCUGGAUUUGUCAGUGGGGGAUGCAUUUUACCCUUGUAAUCUAACCUGAAUUUUGUAGAUAUCCAAUUCUUUUUAUGUGGAAGUCAGGCUAGUGUUCUGUUGAAAUUAAACAAUAGGUAUAGAAUUAGACUGUCAAUGUCUCAUGGAUGUGAGGUUCCAGAACUUGAGUUUCACAGCUAACUGUUCUGCAAAUGCAUUCAAGAUUUUGGGUAACUCAAUGCAAGUUGAAGUAAGGGGAGCUGAUUGUAGUACAAAUAAUAUCUUACAACUUGAUUCCCAUGGUUCUUCAAUUUCAAAGGGAAUGAAAAGAAAGUGGGAUUUAAUUGAUGGAUGUAUGGGUCUGAGCAUUGGCUCUUCUUUGUCUCUUGGACUUUCAACAAGUUCCUCGGACAGCAAGGAGAGUUCAGCUACUGCUUGCACUGCUUUGUCUUCAGCCAAAGAGAUUGAUGAGGAAUCGUCCAUGCCUAUGGAUAUUGAACUGGACUUUACACUUCAUCUUGGCUGCGAGAAGGUAAAGAGCCCAAAAAAACUUGCUAGUUCAAAUUUGAAGAUAUUUGAGUUGCAGCCUAAGGUUGAUUUGGAGUUGAGCCUUUCCACACGGCCCUCUGAAUCAGAUAUUACUAGUGUUUGUCUAAGUCCUUCUCAGGCCCCAUCUUUCCGAUUGAACAUGGAGACACCAUUAGUAUUCAGCAGGACACCAAAUGCUGAUGAGGGAUCAACUUCAUGUAGAUGGAAACCAGGGCUUGUUUCACUUAAUGCAAGUGCUAGUGUAAUGUUAAACCAGGCUGAAAAGAAGUUUGAUCAUAAUCCCAUUGUUCUAGAUCUCUCAUCAACGAGACCAGAAAGUUCAGUCACUAGUACUUCCAGACUAACACAACAGAAACAACCACUAUAUUGCAAUAGCAAUUCUAAGACAUGUCAAGUUGAGGGAUGUGGAAAGGGAGCCAGAGGUGCUUCUGGACGUUGUAUAUCUCAUGGUGGUGGUAGGAGGUGUCAGAAACCUGGCUGCAAUAAAGGAGCUGAAGGCCGUACUGUAUACUGCAAGUCUCAUGGAGAAGGCAGGGGAUGCGAAUAUCUUAGUUGCACUAACAGUGUAGAAGGACAUACAAAUUUCUGUAUUGCUCAUGGUGGUGACCAGAGAUGUAGUCAUGAGGGUUGUUUCCGAGCUGCCAGAGGGAAAUCUGGAUCGUGUAUUCGGCAUGGUGGUGGCAAGAGAUGUGAAAGAGAAAAUUGUACUAAGAACUCAGAAGGCUUACCAGGUCUGUGUAUCUCACGUGGUGGAGGGUGUAGAUGUCAAGCUUCUGGUUGUACAGAAGGGGCACAGGGAAGCACUAUGUUCUGCAAAGCACAUGGUGGGGGAAAACGCUGUACAGCACCAGGGUGCACCAAAGGUGCUGAGGGGACCACACCACUUUGCAAAGGCCAUGGUGGAGGAAAAUGCUGUGCAGACCACGGUGGUGGAAUUUGUACUAAAAGUGUGCAUGGAGGUACCAACUUCUGUGUGGCACAUGGGGGUGGAAUGAGGUGUUCUGUACCUGACUGCAUGAAGAGUGCCAGGCAACAAAGCGAUUAUUGUAUAUGUCAUGGAGGAGGCAAGAGAUGCAAGUUUGAAGGGUGUGGAAAGAGUGCACCAGGUGGCACUGACUUUUGCAAUGCACAUGGGGGAAGGAAGAGAUGCUCUUGGGGCCAUCCUGGGUCAGAAUAUAUCAAUCAACAGGGUGGCUCUUGUAGUUCAUUUGCAAGGGGGAAGACAGGUCUGUGUGCACUUCAUAGUGGGCUAGUACUGGAUAAGAGAGUUCAUGGAGGUGUAACCUUGGGACCAGUUAUUCAGGAUAGUCAUGUUAGUAAACUGGAUGAACCGAAGCAGAUAGUCAUUAACCAAGAUAUUGACGUAGAUAUGAUGAAAAUGGGUAGCCCACGGGCAGCUGGUGUGAUAACUUGUUCUGAUGUUAAACUAAAUGAAGUUGCAAGUACUCGUCUCCCAUCUGGGGAAGAUGGUCACACACCAAUGUCAGUAGCAGUUCCUGAAGGCAGGGUGCAUGGUGGAAGUCUGAUGGCACCGCUGAUGGGGAGUUCUGGCCUUGGUACAAGCAGUGGGAGAGAUCUAUUGAGUGAUCAAUCUGAGACAAUUAAAGCUGGCAUCCUGCCCCAGUAAAAUUUGAGGCUAGUUAUUGCUUUUGUUGCCUUGCUCUCCCUUGUUGGAAAGUUGUAUCUGCUUGUUUUCUUUGAAGUUCGAUUGUUGAUGAUUGGAGUUGUCGUCUGAUAUCUGUUAAUUGUUAAAACGGAGAGAAUAUGUACGUUGUUUGACAUACUUAAGGAAGGGAUAUAAAGGUAUUGGUGUUUUUCUUUCCUUCCCCAUUUCAUCUUCUGUACAUAUUAUCUAUCAUUUGAUAAAACGUCUUGCAGUUUGUGACAGCAGGUUGCCUUGUAAAGUCUGUCAGUGUGACCUUGUAUUCUGUCUGUAAUAAGCCUCUUUAGUCUUUACUGAGUGAGAUCAAAUAUGUUGUGAUAAUAAUUUAGCUCAUGGUUACUCUUUCAUAACUGCAUGACUGGCUACAUAGGCUGUGCUUACUCCCGUUUGACAAUUUCAAUUGUUAUCAUAUUCUGUAUUCUCCUGCAACUAGUUGUGGGUAGUUUUAUUCUUAAA